GGCGUGUAUUCACAGGGUUUUUCAAGUCUCAGCGUUGGACUUGACUCUCAUCCCCGGGCCUGCGGUCGACCAGCGGGCAUCCGGCAAUAGAGUAUCAAGAGCCGCCAUCACCUACUCACUCCAGGCCCACGUUCUGGAUCGAAUGCUACCCCGAACCCCUCUGUGGCGUUAGCAGGAUGCCAUCUGACCAGCAACAUACAUGCUAACCAAUCCACAAGGAGGGUCCCCCCGGAGGCCGGUCACAGGUCAGGACCGCCUACUGGGCUGGAAGGAAGCCGGUGUCUCCUGUCCCAGGCCCGUCCCAGCAGCUUGGCCGGCCGAGGGUAACCGGGCGAUGGCUAAUUACACCGACGAGGAUUAUGACGUCCUCAUCGACCCUCUGUUUGACAACGAGACUCUCAUAAAGGACGGCGCAGAGCCAUGCCCCUCCUACGACCCCACCGUCCUCUCGGCCCAGCUGCUGCCUCAGCUCUACACCGCCGUGUCCCUGCUGGGCCUCCUGGACAACGUCUUGGUGGUGUUUAUCCUGCUCAAAUGCCAAAGACUCCGACACGUGGAACACAUCUACCUCCUAAACUUGGCCGUGUCGAAUCUGUGUUUCUCGCUCACCUUGCCGUUCUGGGCCCACGCUGCCUCCCACGGGGGGACCCUGGGCCAUCCCACGUGUACUGUUCUGGUGGCACUGUCCUCCGUGGGCCUGCACAGCGAGGCGUUGUUCAACGCCCUCCUGACCCUGCAGAGCUCCCUGAUGUGUUUCCACGCGAGAAGCCUGUCCCCCGCGGCCAGGAGGAGGAGGGCCUGUGGCUUCCUCGCCAGUGGCCUGGCCUGGCUGGUGGCCGCUCUGCUGGCGCUGCCCGAGGUCCUGCAGUGCAUGGCUCAGGAGGACAGCCAGGGGGACAGGUGCCCCUGCAGCAGGCCUUACUUCCUGCCGGGCCAGGGGACAGCCUGGCAGCCCUUUCUGACCUUGAAGGUGAACGUGGCAGGCCUUCUGGUCCCACUGCUGGUUUUUAUCAUUUGCCUUGUGCGACUGGGGAAAACGCUCAGGAAGUCUGACCUUUCCCAGCUGGUUUUCGCCAUCAUGGUUGUUUUCCUUCUGAUGUGGGGACCCUACAACGUGGCACUGUUCCUGUCUGCGUUCAAGGACUUCUUCUCGCUGCGGGACUGCGGGAGCCGCUACCACCUGGACAGGAGCGUCCAGGUGACGGCCAUCAUCGCCAGCACCCACUGCUGCGUGAACCCGCUCCUCUACGCGCUCCUCGACAAGGCGUGUCGGAGGUGCCUCUGCUCUCGCUGCUGUCCACUUCCGCCCACCGAGGACCCUGCACAAGAUACGCCGUGGGAAGAGCAUGACCACUCCACUCAACUGUAAGCCGGCUUCCAUCAAGCUGGACAAAUAAACAUGGCUUUUGUUUCCUGGA